ACAAACUAGCAGGAUGUGAAGCGUGCACUGAGUUAGCAGCUGAGGCAUCCGCUUUACUCGGCGGCAAAUAAGGAGACGGCGGAAAACGAGAAUCAGCUCCUUACGACGGCUACCGAACGAGUAUGUAUUAAAACAAAGCCAAGGUGGAGAAAGGGGAAGAAAUCAGAGUGAAAGAGAGAGAGAGGGAGAGGAUCAUUGGAAGACAGAAGCGUACGGGAGCGAAUCGCAAGUCUAUAAACUCCACGGCAAACGGCAUUCUACAAUUGGUCAAUAUGGAUGAGAACCAAAGCAGUAUAGAGACCAAUGACACAACGGCUGGGAACCUGGCCGCAGGACAGCAGCAGCAGAUCAACGCUGACGGCUUCAUUGUCCUCUUCAUCUUCAGCCUGAUCUUCUGCCUCGGGGUCCUUGGCAACUCGCUGGUUAUCACGGUGCUGGCCCGCAGCAAACCGGGCAAAACGCUCAGCACCACUAACAUCUUCAUCCUCAACCUGAGCAUCGCUGACCUCUCCUACCUGCUGUUCUGCAUCCCCUUCCAGGCCACCUACUACGUGCUGCCCAGCUGGAUCUUCGGCGGCUUCAUUUGCAAGUUUGUCCACUACUUCUUCACCGUAUCGGUGCUGGUCAGCAUCUUCACCCUGUCGGCCAUGGCCGUGGAUCGUUACAUCGCUAUUGUCCACUCGCGAAAGUCCUCCUGCAUUCGGGUGACCAGGAACGCUGUCCUCAGUGUGAUCUUCAUCUGGCUCCUGUCCCUCGCCACCGCUUCGCCGGUCGCUUAUUACCACAUGCUGGUUCACAAGAAGGAUCAGGGUCCCUUCUGCUGGGAGAACUGGACCGUCCUCAGUCACAGGCAGAUCUACAAGGUGGCCACUUUCGUGGUGGGCUACCUACUGCCCCUGCUUCUCAUUUGCUACUGUUAUGCCAAGGUGCUGAAUCACUUGCACAAAAAAUUGCGCAAUAUGUCGAAGAAGUCAGAAACAUCUAAGAAAAAGACUGCCCAAACGGUGCUGGUGGUGAUUGUCGUCUUCUGCAUUUCCUGGCUGCCAAACCAUGUGAUCAACCUGUGGACUGAGUUUGGUAGCUUCCCACUCACGGAUGCUUCCUUUGCCUUCAGGAUAGCCGCACACUGCCUAGCUUACAGCAACUCCUCUGUCAACCCUAUCAUAUAUGCCUUCCUUUCGGAGAAUUUCCGCAAGUCCUACCAGCAAGUGUUCAAAUGUAAGAUCCGCAGUACCUCACCCUUAAAUGAUGGCAAGGAAUAUCGAAUGCAGUCUGAAGUCAUCCCAUCUACCAGCUGUACCAAUGUAUGCUGCCAGACCUGCUGAACUUCCAGCAACUUCUGUGCUUGUCUUCACAGACUACUUGUGCCCUCCAUACCAGGCAACAUCCUGGCGAACCUCCUCUGCACCCUCUCCAAAGCAUCCACAUCCUUUGGAAAUGUGGCGACCAAAACUGUAUGCUGUAUUCCAAGUGUGGUGAAAACAAAGUCCUAUACAACUGUAACAUGACUUACCAACUCUUGGACUCAAUACACCAUCUGAUGCCUUCUUGAGCACUCUAUCGACCUGCAUUGCCACCUUCAGGAUGCAAUGGACCUGAACACCCAGAUCUCUCUGUGCAUCAAUUUUCGCCAGGGCUUUUCCAUUUACCAUAUACCAUUUACAUAGAGAAAGAUAGGUUGGGUAUGGGCUUUGAGCCAUCAGAUAGAAGCUGAAACUACUUAAAGUUUGAGUGUACAUUAUUAGAAUGAGCAGAAGUGAGGAAUUAUAAGGAGAAGAAAAUGAUUGAUGGCAGCAGAUUGCAAUAGAUGGGUGUAGUGAAGCUCUUAUGGGUGUUGACUCGAUGGGGAACUCUUGAAAAACAUUUCUGUCAAUCAGAAGAAAUCUUUACAAAACAAAUUAUGCUUCUAUGUAUAUGUCUAGGUAACUGGGACAGCUGCUUAUGACAGGAGUUAAUGAGCCCUAGCCAAUGAAGGAAAUGGGUUUACAUGAAUGGAGAUAAUCCUCCAGGGCCCAGGCUUCGAUACUGUUUUCACUUCAUUCUAACAUUCUGCAGCUCAACUCACACCGAGGCCCAUUCAGUAUCAGUCCCUGUGUUCAUGUUCUACAUUAGCUAUACACCUGUCAAUGCAUAGUGAUUAAACUUUGCAUCCAUUUUUCCAUAUGCCAUAUGCCCUUGCUUCACUAUCUCUGUGUCUGCAAUGGGAGCGAAGAGGUGCAGUAUGUGCUGGAGGGUUUCAAUGGAGGUAUUAUUAGCCUGAUGGGAACAGAUAGCUAGCUACUGUGUCAACUCCAGCACUAAGAGAAAUAUCAGUCUCCAGAACUCUUCACUCCUCAACCAGCAAAGGACACCAGCCUUGCUUUUGGAAAGUUAUGCUACUCUGACCUGCUGUAGUGCAGCUGACUCCUUCUAAUCACAGACCAGCUAACUAAGCAAUAGAGGCCCUUGCAAGAUUGAUGCCAGUGGAAGAUUGCUGUUAAUCUGCUAAGCAGGUUGCUGAUAUCAGUCUCAACCCACUCCUCAGAGAGGCAGUCAGAUGUGGGAAUGUGCUAAGAAACCAUUGACACAUUUUUCAUUUGUUCCAGCUAUUCUUCCUGAAAAUGAUCAGCCUGAACAAAACUUGUCAAAAAUAUCAGUAUAUAAAUGAAAAGGCAUCAAAAUGCCUUGUAAGUAUUUUGUUUUGUGAAUAUGGCAGCUGGUAACGUUUUGAAUUGAUGUCAGCUCCAUAUAUUACAGUUUUAAUCAUGGGAAAGCAACAAAGUCCAAACAAAAACAUUCAGAAAAGGAGUUGAGAUAACAAGGUGUAGAGCUGAAUGAACACAGCAGGCCAUCUUAGGAGCUGCUUGGCCUGCUGUGUUCAUCCAGCUCUACACCUUGUUAUCUUGGAUUCUCCAGUGUCUGCAGUUCCUAUUAUCGCUGAUACAAAAAAGGAGUUGAGCCGUUUUUCUUGCUGUCAUUAGGUGGCUAUAAAACCAAGAGUUUCUGGUCUUGAAGGCUCUAAAUGUUGUUUUUACCAUUGUAGCUUUACAGUGUCUCAGUCAAGAGAUGAUGUACAUGAGUUAAUAAUCUCACUAUCUUGAACAUUGUUUUGACAGAGGUGAAUGAAUAUAUCAAUAUUUAAAUAAAUGUUAUUUACAAUGCACAGGGGCUUUAUAUUGUGUGUGCCUGCAAUAGUGAGUAUCCUAUGUGUCAAUCUAUCCUGUGCCAAAGUUUCCAAUGCUUGAAAUGGUAAUGUGAACUUUAUCAUUCUGAGCCAUGUGUUUGUCCAAUUUUUUUCCAGUGUACCUUUCAUGUAGAGAAACAACAUUCCCUAAGCAUUUGCUUAGACAUGAUGUUCAACUAAUUUAUAAGCCAAAAUGCACUUUAAACAGAGGACAGUGUUACAUAUUAAAAUGUUUAUUUGGUCCAAUUUAUCUUCAGCAUCUUUCACACUAUAAUAAAAUAUUGUAGAUUUAGUGUUGGUAGUCGAUAGAGGUGUUUAAAAUUGUGAAGAGUUUCGACAAAAGGAUCAGAAGCCAGAGGAAACAAUUUUCAAGUAAUUGACAAAAGGAUCAAAAGGAAGAUGACUUUCUUUUUGGAUGUAGUGAGUUGCUGUGGUCUGAAAUGCAUUGCCUGAAAUGGCAUUGGAAGGAGAUGCUAUAGUAACUUUCAAAAGGGAAUUGGGUACAAAACUGAGGGUGAAAAUCUUGCUGGGAGAUGCGGGGAGUGGAUAAAAGCAAAUUACUGUGAAUGCUGGAAAUGUGCAAAAUUCUGGAGAAACUCAGCAGGUCUAGCAGCAUCUGUCGAAAAAGCAACAAAAGUUCACAUUUUGAGACCAAUAGAACAUUUCUUCAGAACUAAUUGGAUAAUUUACACAGGUAGAAAAUAGUGUUAACCUGGCCAAAGUUGAAGUAGAAGCUGAGUCUAGCAACUGUGGAUUACUAGAAUUUACAUAAACUGUCUCUGAACCUCAGAUAUUAAUAUUCUUGCUUAUUAAUAUCUAUUGGACCACUUUGCCUACUGUUGACAUUAAAAGGCCGCUAUUGUAUUCACC